UGACACAGCUCUUCCACUCCCACGACACCUUUCUUUUCACUCCGCCAGAGCGGGCGGGGACGCGGUGUCAGGUGUCCAGGUUUCACCAAAAGAGUCGCAACGGAAGUUCGCACAGGUAUUUAUAUAGCUGCCAGAGAUGGAAAGUGGUCCAUUCAAUCGACGGUCAUGGGCAGCACAGUCCCUGCGCGUCACUGCAAAGGAGCUGUCCCUCAGCGGCCGAGGUAAAAACAACGCCAUCGCCGAGCGCUUCUCCAAGUACCAGAGGGCGGCUGAGGUGUCCAGUGCCGAGAAGAAAAAAGGAUCUACUGAGGGUGCAUCAACCUCUCUGCGUCUGGGCAACCUCAGUGCUCUGAAGAAGCGCUGGGAGCAGGCACAGGCGAAGCCUUCACCUGUCCCACCUCCUGUGCAGUCCAGCACCCGCUACAGGCCCCCUGCUGUGGCCAGACCUGCUUCCAUCGCAGAGCCCUGUCCUCCGUUGAAGAGCCCCGGCCUGCCGACCGAUCAGGGAGGUCAGCUCACAGCCAGUCGUGUCCUGCAGCCCGCAGCAGCACCACAAGCCGCCGAAGGUGAAGAGCAGACAGGGAUGGACGGGGAGGAGCUGACACGCCAUGGACGACCUGAAAAGCCUGAGGAGCAAGUUCCAACCAGCCCGAGGACCUAUGAAAGAGCCAGAGUGCCACUGACCAACCUGAAGAUGCAGUUUGAGAGGGGAGAGGAUGCCAUGGGCCAGGGUGGCAGGACAAAACUACGCAGUACUUCAUCAGAGGACAUGGACCACCAUGGUGGUCCGUCUGUGCCUGACAGAGUACUGGAGUCCACGUCCAUGAAGGAGAACAUGGCCAAAUACCGGGCUGCUGUCUGUAAACAGGCCCAAGAGGUGCCUGUUCCUAAAACAUCUGCACCUGUAAAUCCAAACCACGAUCCCACACCUGAGUGCAAUGGGGGGGGCGGCGAGCAACCCAAAGUAUCACGGAAGUUCCGCCCCCCGGUGAGGGACACAUGCAUCGCUUGUCUACAGACGGUCUACCCGCUGGAGAGACUGAUGGCUCUUCAGCAUGUCUACCACAAAAAUUGCUUUCGCUGUGCUCACUGCAGCACCAAGCUCAGUCUUGGGAGCUAUGCCUCUCUGCAUGGCAACGUCUACUGCAAGCCCCACUUCAACCAGCUGUUUAAAGCUAAAGGCAACUACGACGAGGGCUUUGGCCAUCGGCCUCACAAGGAGCUUUGGGAGCCUCGCGCCGAGAGGGAUGAGGGCGAGGAGGAGUCGAAGCCAAAGGAACGGGAGGAACCAGCCGCGGUGACGCACCCGGGUGAAAGUACCUCAGACAAACCGGAGCCCUCAACGGUUGAAACAUCCCCGCAGGUGAAGGUGACGGACCUGACUGCCUUACUGGAGAAAAGUGUGCAGUCCCAUGCUAGGUCCGGUGAGAAGCUUGAUUCUACAGAGAAGAUGGCUGAGAAACGCAGGCUCAGGGUUGCCUGGCCUCCCCCAGCUGGGGAAGGCUCCUCUGGCACCGACGCACUUAGCCCGGUCACAGAGGGAGUUCCUUCGAGCCGACCGUGGAGAGCCAAGUGGCCCCCGGGCGACGAGGCGCCAUCGUCCUUCCAGAGCUCAGACCGAGCUGAGCUGACGAGCCUGAGGAGGAGCUCUUCUCUGAAAGAGCGCAUUCGGCCUUUUACAAUCGCAGCCAAGCCCAGCACCGCGACCAGCCUGGCACCCAGGGAACCCCGCCGCCCUCUCAAAUCCCUGCUGGAAUGGAGAGCCUCAUUCGAGGAGAAACACUCAAUCGAAGAGCCACCCAAGAAAGAUAAGCCAGAGCUUCGGCGGGGGAAACGGCAGGAGACAGAAGAGAAGACCGGGCCUCCAGUUCAGAGCCGAGACGCAGCAAAUGAAAGCAAGGCCACCUCCGAGAAGGACGAGGAGACCCAGCAACAGGAAGGGAGCCACGGCGUAAAGAGAGGAAAGGCAGCAGCAGAGAAGAAGGGGGAGGAAGAAGGCUCUCCUAAUAGCAUCUCCCCGGAAACCUUGCUGUCCCCUUCGCCACCGUUGCAGCCAAAACCGAACCGCGCCUCCCAGGAUGUGGGCUUCUGGGAGGAGGACAAGGAAGGAAGUGAUGCAGAAGAGCUGAGUGCAGAAGAUAUGAUUAAGAGGAACCGCUACUAUGACGAAGAGGACUCUGACUCAUAGGAAAAACUUGCAGCUCCCACUGUCACGUCUAUCUGCCACAUAACACUUUAGAUAUAGAUCACAAAUGUAGCUUUGCCAGAUUUUAUAGUGUUAUAGGCAAGGUUUAAAAAGGUGUAAUAGGUUUCUGUAUGUGCAUUUAUAUUACAAUUACUGCCUUUAAUUGUUAAAGUACAAAUAUUUGAUUCCUUUAUAUAUAUUUUAAUUAUACUGUACAAUAUAUAAUAUUGAUUUUAUAUUACUCCUGAUUAUACUGGAAACUUGCCAUCUAUUACAUUUUAAAUUGAAUCAUCUCUUGAUCAUUAAAUGCACCUUUAGAGGCUGUAAUUUUUAGGUGUUAUGUCUAAAGACAUUUUACUAUGCAGCACUUUAAGUGUCUAUUAAUUAAUUAUUUGAGUUGCAUCCAGCAAAACAGUCAUUAUUAUGUCUAUUAAUGCUUUUUCUGUAAUGCAGAAAAUACCUAAUCUCACUACAAAAAGCAUUCACCAGCAUUUAUGUUUUGGGAGACUAAAUGCCUUUUGCAUUUUCAAUUCCUACAUAAUGUCUGUAAAUUGAAGAAAAUGUUAAACGGAACACAUAUGGCAACGCUCUGGAUCCCAGUGCAGUCUCCUGUCAUGGAGCCAUUAACCUCUUUCAGCACCCGAACAACAAACAGACGAGUCAGUAAACCUUCAUUACACAAUCCUGCCGGGGCUCUGUGGUUUGGAAGAGAACUGGUCCUCGUCAUAAUCUGCCGUGGAACUACAAUAAAAGGAGAAAAUAUUAAUGAUUAAUCAAAGGUUUCUACUAAUCACUAUUCUGUCUAGUAUCAAAUAAAUAAUCUAUCUGGGCCUUCUAGAUGUGUGUUUUAAAUGUUUUAAAUGUGAUCCACUAAAUAUGUAAAACAUUUUGUAUUUUAGAAUGCAUCCUGGAAUAUUUAUUUGCCCAUUUUCUAAUUAUUUGUAUAAUGACACAUCUGGCAUAUUAGUCUCAAUUCUUGAAACAUACUUAAAAUGUGUAAAUAAGGAAAUUCUGACUGCAGUCCAUCUGGAUUUGUCCUUGACUUCAUAAAUAAACGCAUUACUAAAACCA